UCCCACUCGGACCGCAUUGAAAGGUGCACGCGGAGUCACGCUACUGCGCCGUUAUGUACGGCAGGACGGCGCGCGCCGCGGCAGCCAGGCUGCUCGCGCACCGAAGCCCCUGGGCGUCUGAAGAUUCGGCCGCGGCUGGUUUGAAACGCGUGCCUCUCGGGACGUUUCCAUGGGAACCGCAUGCGCCGACGCGGCACGCGAGCCGCUGCCUGCUGCUGUCCACCUGUACAAGCGGCGGCGGCGUUCGCUCCAUGUCCCAGACAACCCUGGACCCCGGCGAGAGCAAGAAAUUCGAGGCGCUCGCUAACAAGUGGUGGAACGAGCAGGGCGAGUUCUCUGCUCUCCACGCCAUGAAUGACCUGAGAGUGCCUUUCGUACGGGACAACCUGCUGAAUGUCCACGGGGGCCGGCAGGCGGGGAGGCCCUUGUCCGGGCUCAGGAUCCUGGACGUCGGCUGCGGAGGAGGCCUGCUGACCGAGCCCUUGGGGAGACUGGGAGCGGACGUCACCGGUAUUGACCCCGUGGAGGACAGCGUGCGGACGGCGGAGCUGCACAGCUCCUUCGACCCGGUUCUGCGGGAGCGGGUACGCUAUCGGGUCUGUACCCUCGAGGAGCUGGCGGAGGAGGAGGCGGAGGCGUUCGACGCGAUCGUCGCUUCCGAGCUCGUGGAGCAUCUUCUGGACGUGGAUUUUUUCAUCGGGUGCUGUCAUCGGGCGCUCAAGCCUGGCGGCGCACUCUUCAUUACCACCAUCAACAAGACCAAUGUGUCGUACGCGUUGGGCAUCGUGGUAGCCGAGAACAUCCUACGGAUUGUUCCCAGAGGAACCCACGACUGGGAGAAGUUCGUUACUCCAGAAGACUUGGAACGAGCGUUGGAAGCCAGUGGGUUUCAGGUGAAGUCCAUCCGAGGCAUGCUGUUCAACCCGCUGUCCGGUUCCUGGAGCUGGGUGCAGAGCACCGCCGUCAACUACGCCCUCUAUGCCGUGAAGCAGAACGAGGAACUGCGGGGUGACGGGGCGGAGACACCGGGUGAUCGCAAAGAGCAAGAGGAAGCGAGAGGCACCGGGGACUCUCGGAAUAGCGGGCCGGGACACGGCUGACAGUGCUGGAGAGAGACGAGGGGCAAGUGGCAGGACCUUCCUGCUCUGGGAAAUGGGUCCCAAAGUCUGCUCUCUCGGGAUGUCCUUAUCGAAGAAGCAAAAUCUGCUGAGGUUAUUGCCGUCUGACAUGUUUGUUUGUUUGUUUUUUUUUUUGUUUGUUU